AUGGGGUUUUGGACCACAUGUGUGAAAAUUAUAUCGAGCUCAUCAAGACAACCUCUCCUUCACGUCGUGUCGAAACGGAAGGUCGUUCGGUCGGAGGGUGCAGAUUCCACCGCUCCUGCUCUCGAGCGCUCAGAAUCCGCGACUAUCACCGAAGAAGCUACCGACAACCUCGUCCGCCGGCUGGAGGCCAGCGACGACGAAGGCGAUAGCGAUGAAGAGGGAUGCGACACCCAUGGUGGCGCGUGGAGGUCGCUCCAGUACGCCAGCUACAUGACAGGUAUGCAUCACUUCGUCAAGGAGAAACAUCGAGCUCAGGGAUACCUCGCCGCUGAGCUGGCCAAAGCCGACCACGAGAUGGGCGAAGGACAGCAAGACCCCACGAAGCGGCCCACCCUGGAGGGCGAUAUCGAGCACUACUCGGUCCAAAAGCAAAUCACUCGUCGCCUCAACAAGAAGAGCCCCGGCUUCCUCGCCGCCGUCGGCAUGAUCUGGAACGCCACGCGAGCGGAGAUGAUCAGCAGAUUGGGCGAGCCAUCGAUUGCCGCUGCGCCCGCAUCGGGCCCUUCUCCUCCUGCCGCUGCUACGCAAGGGGCUGGUGGGGAUGGGGAUGGGGUUGUUGACCAGGAUGCUGGCGGGAUUGACGAGGCUGCGUUCGUGUGCCUGAUGGUGAAGGUCCACUACCUCAUCAUUUGUCCUCCGGUUAACCCCGAUGCCGCGUACAAGAACGCCCGCAACGACUGGGCCAAGGACAACGCCAGCGGCAGCCCGACCAUGAGCUACGAUCUUUUCGUCGCGUCGAUCUUCGAGCUGGCAAAUGAUCUAUUGAAGUCUUUGGAGAGGUCGUGCUCGCCUAUGUGGACCGAUUGCCCCCACCAAGAAGAAGGAGGCGUCGUCGACAUCUGGACGGAAACGCUGGAGGCGUCAGAGUACGACGCGCUCGCCAUGAUGAUCGCGAAGGGGGUCACGACGGAAGUGGACACUCCCACGCAGACAAGGCCCGACGUCGAGGAUGGGCGGGGCUCGGUGGCCGGGUUGAUGGCCUCGGUCACGGACGAGAGGAAGAAUAGCCUAGCGAGGUUAACGAGGCGUGUGUACCCCCGCAUACCAAACCAUCUCCCUGCUUCUUGUGUCGUUUCAUCCUCGCUACCACGAAAACAAACCACACCACGAAGGCGAUACGUGCUCAAGGCCGACGAGGAGAUCGUCUACGACCCGUACAUCACGAGAGAACCGGUCUACAUGGAAGAUAUCGAGGAACAGGACGGGGGCACCGCUGGAGGGGGCGAAAACGUGUCGAGGGGGAUAUAUGAAAAGGGCGGCGGCGGCGGCGGCGGCACUGAAGCGGGCGGGGACGAGCUGCGGGGCGGCGCAGGGGCAGGGGCAGGGCGAAAAAAACCGCGGAAACCGGGGCAAAUGAGGUUCGGUGGGGCCAGAAAGACUGGAUCCUCGGGGUCUCCGGACCGGGAUUACGCGGACGACGGCGGAGCGGGCGCGGCCGUUUCUAGCCUCGCGCAGCAGGCCGGCCGGUCUCCUAAGGUAGCCUUGCUGAGCGCGGAGCGCGUCAACGCGGCCAUCGCCAAGAUUUACUACUCCAAGAUGCAGGUCGACCGGAAGCUUCUCAUACGAGAUGGCAGCCUCUCUUGGGUGGACAAGAGCAGGCGAAAAAAAGACCAGAGGAUGGACCGUUUCGUCCUGCAGUUUCACGUUCGACAGUUCGGAACUAAGAAGCUGGCUCGUCGAAACCUCCACCAGCUCUGCAAGAGCAUCGCCAAGCUCGCACCCACCAACCCACGAAUAGCGGCGAGUAGAAAGACGCACAGUUGCCUCUACACGAUGUAG